GUGCAGGAUGGAUGGAUGGCAGAGUAGUUAGCGUGGUCAGACGGGCCAGGUCAGCAACGUGCGGGCAGCAAGGUACCAAAGGAGCAGGCAGAGAAUAGUCAAGGUCACAAGCUGGGUUCAGUAACUCACGGGCAGCGCGGUACAGGGGAUCAGGCAGAAGGAUGGUCAGGCAAGCCAGGGGUUCAACAGGAGACGGUCAGCAGAGGUCAGGAUCAAGCCGGGUCAGCAACGAACCGGGUCAGCAACGAAGUAGGAACACAGGAUACCAGGUACAGGGGCUCAUGGGAAAACAUACACCAAGGCCCAGA